CAUUCAGGUGACAUCAUUGAAAAUUGGUUCAUACCAGUUUCUGCUGCUCUUGGAUUUUAAUGAGAACUCCUUCUUGAUUCCAGGAUGCCAUGCUUCUACUGUGUUUGCAGCUGCUGUGUGAAAAAAACAGCAAGAGCGAAUUUCAUACACACCACCCGAGAGCCCGGUGCCCAGUUACGCUUCCUCGACUCCACUUCAUGUUCCAGUGCCCAGAGCGCUCAGGAUGGAGGAAGACUCGAUCCGCCUGCCCGCGCACCUGCGCUUGCAGCCAGUUUACUGGAGCAGGGAUGACGUAGCCCAGUGGCUCAAGUGGGCUGAAAAUGAGUUUUCUUUAAGGCCAAUUGACAGCAACACGUUUGAAAUGAAUGGCAAAGCUCUCCUGCUGCUGACCAAAGAGGACUUUCGCUAUCGAUCUCCUCAUUCAGGUGAUGUGCUCUAUGAACUCCUUCAGCAUAUUCUGAAGCAGAGGAAACCUCGGAUUCUUUUUUCACCUUUCUUCCACCCCGGAAACUCGAUCCACACCCAGCCAGAAGUCAUACUGCACCAGAACCACGAAGAAGAUAACUGUGUCCAGAGGACCCCGAGGCCGUCCGUGGAGAACGUGCACCACAACCCUCCCACCAUUGAACUGUUGCACCGCUCUAGGUCACCCAUCACCACCAAUCACCGGCCGUCUCCUGACCCAGAGCAGCGGCCCCUCCGGUCCCCCCUGGACAACAUGAUCCGCCGCCUCUCCCCAGCCGAGAGGGCCCAGGGACCAAGGCUCCACCAGGAAAACAACCACCAGGAGUCCUACCCCCUGUCGGUGUCUCCCAUAGAGAAUAAUCACUGCCCACCGUCCUCCGAGUCCCACCAGAAGCCAUCCAGCCCCCGGCAGGAGAGCACCCGCGUGAUCCAGCUGAUGCCCAGCCCCAUCAUGCACCCUCUGAUCUUGAACCCCCGGCACUCCGUGGAUUUCAAACAGUCCAGGCUCUCCGAGGACGGGCUGCACAGGGAAGGAAAACCCAUCAACCUGUCGCAUCGUGAAGACCUGUACAUGAACCACAUCAUGGUCUCCGUCUCCCCACCCGAGGAGCACGCCAUGCCCAUUGGGAGGAUAGCAGACUGUAGACUGCUUUGGGAUUACGUCUAUCAGUUGCUUUCUGACAGCCGGUACGAAAACUUCAUCCGAUGGGAGGACAAAGAAUCCAAAAUAUUCCGGAUAGUGGACCCCAAUGGACUGGCUCGACUGUGGGGAAACCAUAAGAACAGAACAAACAUGACCUAUGAGAAAAUGUCCAGAGCCCUGCGCCACUACUACAAACUAAACAUCAUCAGGAAGGAGCCCGGACAAAGGCUUUUGUUCAGGUUUAUGAAAACCCCAGAUGAAAUCAUGAGUGGCCGGACAGACCGUCUGGAGCACCUCGAGUCCCAGGAGCUGGAUGAACAAAUAUACCAAGAGGAUGAAUGCUGAAGGCACCAGCCCGUCUCAGCGGCUGCAGCCCAGGGCACCGCUGCCCCAGGACUGCUGGAGGCGGAGCAGGGGACUGCGGAGAGUAGGAGAGGACGAGGCCCGCAACGGGAGUGACACUUCCCUUGCAUACCAGGAGGGACCCAGAGCACCUUAGACAAACCACCCAGCAAAGGCAGGGCUGGAAUUCUGGCCGGCGGCACGAGCCCAGGACUCGCCUUCACGUUCCCCCCUCAUUCGGAAUCUGUCCAUCUGCAAUUCCUCACCCUCGCCCUUCCACCUGUUGUCAGUUUCACGGUGUUUUUGUUUUUAUUUUUUUUAUGACCACGCAGUUUGACUCUCAUCAGUCAUCUAGGGGAAGACAUGAGCUUGUUUUCCUAUGGAAAUAUUAUAUCUAUUAUAUAUAUAUAUAUUUUGCAAAUCUCACAAAGUGUGGCAAACCCAGCUCAUCAGGAAAGAGAAAACUUGCAAAAGGGUCCAGCUCCUCUUGCCCCCGCCACGUGGAUCAGGUCUGUUCCUGUUGCUGUUGGAUCUUGGGGGGCAGGGGGCAGGGAAAAGAGGAUGCUUUUUAAAAAGAUAAAGUGAAAAA